AAUAAUUUUGGACGUCGAGUGCAUCGUUUGCAACAAAUCGUUGCAAAAGAUUAAUCACGUACCUCCUGUUGUGCCGGUGAAAAUGAGAAAAAUCACCAGUCGUCGGUCGCGAACACCAAAUUGGUCGCUCGAGGAAAAACAAUACCUACUAGAGUUAAUUAAGGAACGUAAGGAGGUGAUUGUUACUAAACCUAACAAUGGCCCUAACCAAUCUGAAGAAAAAGACGCGGCCUGGAAUGAAAUAUUGAGCGAGUUAGCUGCUAAAUUUGGCAGCAAGUUUUCAGAAAGUUCAAUCAAAAAAGUUAAAACUCAAUGGCAAAAUAUGAAACGAAUAGCACGUGAAGAAAUAUCGCAAAGCGGAUCAGAUGUGCAAAAGUAUACGCGACAAUCUCAGGAGGUGUGCAGCAUUCUUGAAUUCUUGAAAGACGACUCUAUAAAAAGGGACGACGAAAGUGUUCAUGGAACGCUUAGUGCGAAUAUUGAGGUUAAGGCAGAAAGUGUAGAUGAAGAUAUGCUACAGUCCUGUGACGUUGAAGAUAAUAGCAUGGAGUACGAUUCUAACCAAGAAAACUUGACUAACCAUAAUACGUUUGAGUCUUCGGAAUCGUCAUCUCCAGAACAACCAGUACAAAUGUCAGAAAUUACAGAACAAGAAAAUAAUGAAGGAAACGAAGAAAACAGUAAUAAUACGAUGAGAAAUGUUUGUGCUAUGACCGAUAUGUCCUUUAAGCCUGGAUUAAACAUCAAUCCAUUUCACGCAGAAUUUCGAGAUUUUUUCAAUUAUUCCGCGGUGGAAAAGCAAUUAAAACUCGAGACGCUAAAGGAAGAAAGACAAGUAGCUAGAGCAAUGAGAGAAGCUGCGGAAUUGAAUAAAAUCAUUGCAGAGCAAAAACUUAAGCAUGUUUUGUGGGUGAAAAAUGUUGAAAUGGGAAUGUAUUCUGGUGAGCCUGGUUCUGGAGCUGGUAAGGGAGGCGGCACUGGUGGCGCCAUCCGUGAUGCUGGUGGCUCCUUCGGAAAAAUGCAGGCUGCUAGAGAGGAUGAAUACUUUUACAAGAAGCAAAAGGAGCAGUUGUCGAAUAUGAAGCAGGUAUUCAGUCAAGAGAUUGCCUUCCAUCAAGAACAGAUCAAGCGCCAUGAGGAUGCUAUCCGACGUCAGAAGGAGCAGAUGGCAAAGAUGGAGGAGAAGUAAACAUUAAUCAGCUGUUAAAGGGUUAACAUCAAUAUUGCUUUGAAAGAUCACUUAUGAUACAAUGUAGUUAAAAGAGUUAAGAUUUUAAUGUGAAAAUUGUUUGCUUUUAUUUACUUUAGUUUAUGUUGAGGUUUGAGCAAGAAAUAUAUUUCUAAAUGCUGGUUUUA